UCAGUAGAAAUCUCUACACAAAUCCGAGUAUUGGUUUCCUUGAAGCGAUCCACGAAAUCGUGGGAUCACAGAAGAAAAAAAAAGGCAAGGCUGAAGUCACACAUGCGAGCAUCUUCGUGAAAUCAAAUAGUAGAAAACUUGCCAAAGACGUGGCAAUUCUUUGUAAGAACCUGAACUUGUAGGUACUUAAAACCGUUUCAGCCGUGGAUCGCCUAAACGAGAGUGGUCAAACGGCGGUGUCGAAACCCCGGAAAUCCCGUCGUAAGAAGCCAAAAAACGCGGCCGCCAAUUCCAAGGCAAAAGCUAUGGCAACUCCUUGCGGCGAACAUCGAAAAGAAAUCCAAAAGUGUAAUGCUCAGACAGGAAGCCAAGUGGUGAACCAAUGUUCUAUGUCAACAAUUCAAAAUCAAACUACCUCAACGGCACCCAUGCGACCCAGAUCUCUUUACACGGCGCACAGUUAUCACUCGCAGACAGAUGAAACUAAUUUUCAGCGAUACAGUGAAUUUUCCAAAUAUUUCGAAGCACCUCCGUCAGAACAGUGGGGCGGACUGGCUGGUGCAACAGCAUAUUCUAAUUCAACAGGAUUUUGGCGGCAACCACGUAAUUGUAAAACGAUUGCACCGUUCUAUGAGGAAUCGUGUGUCUAUGCAGAAAACUGGCGUGAACAUGACACUGAUGCUGCGAUCGUUACAACACCGCAUGGUACAAUUUCUCUGAGACUUCAUAAUAGGAUUCGGGUUGACAUGACGAUCGAUCGUGCAGUUAGAGUAAUCAAUCUUAAGAAUAACAUUGUACUAUCGUUGAGUGGUUCUGGAUCAACUGCAGCAUUAUUACAUCCAAAUGGAAGAAUAUAUCAGUACGGUUCGCGAGUUGAAAUCUUGGCCCACGAUGCCCACGGCAAUAACAAAUAUGCAAAGAUGUGGUAUAAAGGAGUCAGCUUUACUUCAGAGCAGUGUGCUCUUGUGUAUUUAGUUGAUACGGCAGGGACGAGAACAACGACAGAUUCAUUUUCAGACAUGAGCCAGGACUUUUCUUUAAGCGUUUUUUACUCUCGUUCUCGUCAUGGUUCAGCAUGUUUGCAAGAAGCUGCAGCUGCAUUAAAUGCUGCUCAAUAUUGGUUGACCAAUGAGGGUGUGGAAAACUGGAUUGUUAAUAAUGUUCGAGUUUCACAAACACCUGAUGGUCUUGUUAGGAUUGCACGUAACAGUAACAAGUAUCAAUUACGUACGUCACCUAGUAAUGGAACAGCUUCAUUGACAACGCCAUUUUUACAUUGUACCGCAUCCCUGGGUCAGACGUCUCAUCUUUUUGUACGUCGAGGUGAACGACGCAUGCACUACGAUGGAACCAGUUUUAUCGUACGAAAUGCAGGUCACAGUGCUGGAUUUGAUGAUAAUAAUCAACUAAAAGUUUAUUAA